AUGGAUGAGCGCACUGUGUACUUGAUAUGGAAUGUGGUCCGAAUGAAUGAUAGCCCGCAUCUGUCGCAGUUGCCAAGUCUGUAUUCGCGGUGCUGCAGUCGGCCGUUGGAGUACCGAUCGUUGGGUCUGACCUUGCAGGACGUCAUUCAGCGGUGUCGUCCGUACGUGAAGAUUGAACCGGACGAGCAGGGCAAACAGCGUUUGACGGCGAGUUCUAGGCCGCCGCCGAAGGGAAAGGAUUCGGGGCGGCAGAACGUGGUCAGUGCGGCGGACGUCGACCGGCGACAGGCGGAGAUCUUCGAGGACGGGAAGUUUCACUCGAACCAUCUGGUGAGUGAGUUCCCGGAGAUCACAUGUGUAAACUGUUUGUGUAUUUCAAGCCGGCUGCGGAUACUACCGUGCGGGCACUUAGUAUGCGAAGCCUGUGUUGUCCGUAAUGACGCUACGGUCUGCACUAGUCGUGGCUGUACCAACCCCGGGCGUGUGGACGAGUCUGUACCCAUGACACUCACAGCUGACAUGAAGGAAAGCAUCCUCGAAUGCCCCAGUAACUGCCUCGCUUGCAAGCGAUGCAAGAAUGUCAAACUGAAGGACCUAUGUCGACACUUCUUCUCCUGUUCUGCAAACCAUCCACUCCACCAUUUCGACCAAGGCCGAGAUUCCGAUUGUGACCUAGAUUCAGAUCUCUCGGCAGAUGAAGCACCGCUACAGGACACUGCCAACCUCAUCGCACGGGCACAAGUCACGGAUCUCAUCAAAACCGUCACAGACGCCCGUAACAGAGCCCCUGGCGCGCCCGCCUUUGAGGGGGCUGCGUUUACCCCAUCGGGCUCUGCCGGUAGCGCUCCUGCCUUCUCCGCUCCCGGCCGUGCUGACCCCGUUCCGAGCUUGGCUGGCCCUGGCUUGGCUGGCCCUGGCUUGGCUGGCCCUGGCUUGGCUGGCCCUGCCCGCAGCGCUCCGCCCACAGCGUCUCGCAACGCGCCGUCCGACGACCUGCGCGGUCCGGACACCGCCACCGGCCAAUACGACCAGUUGCCCGCCCUCGAUACCACCGCCACCGUCGACCUCACGGCAACGACCGACUCCCCCGAGGAUUCCGCGCCGCAGUGCUCCACUAGAACCCAAGAGACGGGGGCUCGGUGCUACGUGUAUAAGGAGAUUUCGAUUGCUCAGUACAAAAUAGAAAAUGCAAAUAGCAAGUUCAAAAACGCGUCGGCGUGGAGUAUGAACGUACGACCCGGAACAGCAGUGUCUAUUCUGCGUUCCAGACACAACACCGUUUAUGGCUGGUGUCUCGUACGAAAAGUGGAUACGAAUACCGUCGGAUGGAUUCCGACUCUUAGUUUGAGAAAGCCGCUCGAGUCCUUCGAGGCCUUCGCCCGACGAAUUUCGCGGAAGUUCGACUGA